AUGGGUAUCGACCAAGAUGCCCAUUUGCCACCUCCAUCUGCGGCAGUUGCGCAGAAUCCUGCAGAGCAGAUCCAGCUCGUUGAGAAGGCAGUAGUCGAAAAUCAGAAUCCGCCAGAAGUCGUUAUAGAUGAUGAAUCAGAUCGACUGAGCAAGAAGAAGAAACCUGAGGCUGGGCUGGGUAAUUACUUCCGAGUAUUCACCUACGGCACCAAAUUAGACGCAUUAUACCUCGUGCUAUGUAUUCUUACUUCGAUCGGCGCAGGUAUUGCGAUGCCUUUGAUGAAUAUAGUCUUUGGUCAACUCGUUGGUCAUUUCACUGACUAUUUUCUUCCCAACACGACCGUGACGAAGCAGCAAUUUCAGUCCGUAGUCAACAAGCAGGCUUUGUACAUUUUAUAUCUGUUCAUCGCAAAGUUCGUCAUGUCCUACAUCUCCAUGUUUACUGUACGAAUCAGCGGACUUCGAAUGAGUGCCGCGCUUCGGUUAGCAUACCUGAGGGCGACCUUUGCGCAACCGGUGAGCGUUAUUGAUACUAUCUCACCCGGAAAAGUUGCGACGCGCAUCACCACCUCCUCGAACACGAUACAAAUGGGUAUCUCCCAACAGCUUGCUCUACUCUUUCAGUCGCUCUCCUUUACAAUCGGACUCUACGUUGUUGCAUUUGUAAAAGGACCAAUUCUCACGCUCAUUGCCAGCAUUUCGCUCCCGUUCAUCUUCGUCACUUAUGGGGUAAUAUUCCCACCGCUGAUGCGAGAGGCCAAGGCCACCCAGGAGAUUCUUGAACAAGCCUCCGCGGUAGCAUACGAGAUAUUUUCCUCCAUCCGGAUUGUGGCAGCAUUCGGCGCACAAGCGAAACUAGCUAAACAGCAUGAGGUGCUCCUAGACAAGGCCAAAAGCCAAGGCAGAAGAGUAGCACCUUGGAUGGGGCUGAUCAUGGCUCCGUCUAUGAUGGCAAUGUAUGGCACUUUCGGACUCACAUUUUGGUUUGGAGUGCGGCAGUACGAGCAUGGAGAUAGGGCAAAUGUUGGAGACAUUGUUGUGGUUCUCUUCUCGGUGAUGACAGCUGUUCUGCUGAUUGGUCGCAUAGCUGCCCCAGCAAUAGCCAUAACGAAAGCCGCGACCGCUGCGACCGAGAUAUUCGCCACCAUCGAUGCUGAGGUUCCUGACAUCUCCGGCCUUAAAGAACCGGACAUCUCCGCCGAACAAACCAUUUCAUUUGAGAACGUGGCCUUCUCAUACCCUAGCCGUCCGAAUGUCCAGAUUCUGGAUGGUCUCAACGCUACAUUCGAAGCUGGUAAACUCACUGCUAUUGUCGGACCAUCGGGUUCCGGAAAGAGCACUCUAGUUGGCCUCAUACAACGUUGGUACGAGCUGUCCGGCACCGUCGCCAAGGAAGUGACCAAGGACAAGACGGAAGACUCCGCUCCAGCGGACCUACUCGAAAAUGAGCCAGUCAAGGAUAAGGAUGCUAAGAAGGCAAAGAAAGAGCGGAAGAUUAAGUCCAAGACUCAGAAAUCACCCAAGCCUGACGAAAAAGAAAAGGACGUAGACCUUGGACCCAACACGUGUACCGGUACAGUGCGAAUCGGCAAUACAGAUCUCCGUGAGGUCGAUCUCAAAUGGUGGCGCUCCCAAAUCGGACUCGUGCAACAAGAGCCAUUUCUCUUCAAUGAUACUCUUUUCAACAACGUCGCGUUUGGCCUUUGUGGGACACGAUGGCAAGGACUAUCGAAAGAGGAGAAGAUGAAGAUGGUCAAAGAAGCUUGCAAAGAGGCUUACGCAGAUGAGUUCAUAGAUAGGCUACCGCAGGGUUACGACACAAUGGUGGGUGAGAGUGGCAUCAAGCUAUCCGGUGGGCAGCGACAACGCAUCGCGAUUGCCAGAAGUAUUAUCAAACAACCUCCCAUCCUGAUCCUCGAUGAGGCCACCAGCGCCAUCGAUGUCCGUACAGAGCGGAUCGUGCAAGAGGCCUUGGACCGCGUCUCAAAGAACCGAACAACGAUCGUUAUCGCCCACCGACUCUCGACCAUCAAGCGGGCAGACAGCAUCAUAGUGAUGCGGCAAGGACAGCUCGUCGAGCAAGGUAGCCAUGAAGAGCUUCUUAAGAUUGAGAAUGGAGUCUACUACGGUCUCGUCUAUGCCCAAAAUCUUGCUAUGGAGGCCGACGAGGAAGAGUUUGAGGAAAAAGCGUUGGCAAAGACAAAGACCACUGAGACCGAAAAGUCCGAGAUCGUCGAAGCGGAGGAGGAACGCCCAUCCUCCAAAGAGCAACCUGAGUGGAAGGACAAAAGCUUCUUAGGAAGCGGCGGACGAAUGAUCGCGGAACAGCGACAUCAUACUAUCCUGUAUUUGUUGGCUUUCCUGGGCAUCCUCUGCGCUGGCGCUGUUUAUCCGAUUCAAGCAUAUGUCUUCGCCAACGUCAUCGGAGUAUUCACUCUGACUGGUCAAGCUUUCGUGAACAAAGGCUAUUUUUGGGCCGGUAUGUUCGGUGUUGAAGCUGCCGCCACUGGAGUUGCGUACUUCGCUAUUGGUUUCUGCACACAUCUAGUGUCCAUCGCCAUUACCCGGUGUUACCGACAAGAGUAUCUCACUAAUAUGUUGCGGCAGCGGAUACCCUUCUUCGAUCGCGAAGGCCACUCAGCCGGAACAUUAGUUUCAAGAGUGAGCGGAGAUUCGGAACAGCUCCAGCAACUCAUGAGCACCGAAAUGUCUAUGGCAGCCGUUGCUGUUGUGAAUCUUCUCGGCUCUACGAUCAUUGCGUUUGUUUACGGAUGGAAGCUCUCGCUCGUUGGUCUCUUCGCUGCUCUACCACCUAUCCUUGCUGCUGGUUACCUCCGUCUGAGUCUUGAACAGAAAUUCGAAAAGACGAAUGCUGCGGUCUUCCAAGAGAGCUCACAGUUUGGAACUGAGGCUGUAGGAGCCUUUAGGACAGUAAUUUCGCUGAUCAUGGAAGAUAUGAUCGGCGAUAGAUAUGAGACUUUGCUCCGGUACCACGUGAAAAAGGCAUUUAGCGAUGCGAGGGUCGGCACCGUCGUCUUUGCCGCUUCAGACAGUGUUGAGCUAGCAUGCAUGGCGCUGACUUUUUGGUAUGGUGGUACCUUGCUCGCCUCCUACGAGUACAACCAGGUCGACUUUUUUGUGAUUUAUAUGGCCAUCAUUCAAGGCGCUGUCGCAGCGGGGAUGUGGUUCUCCUUUGCACCAAACAUCGCCCAAGCCACCGGUGCCGCGAAUCGGAUCCUGAGCAUGCGUCCCGAUCGCGAUGCCCCGCCUCCUACUUACGCUGAAAUCGCUCCCUCACCAAAUGGUGUCGCCAUCGACUUCCGCUUCGUCCAAUUCACCUACCAAUCUCGUCCCACUCCUGUUCUCAACAAUCUCAAUAUCUCCAUCAAACCUGGUCAGUUCGCUGCUCUCGUCGGCGCUUCUGGCUGUGGCAAAUCGACUACCAUCUCCCUCCUUGAGCGCUUCUAUGACGCCACAUCUGGAAAGGUCGAGUACAACGGCCAGGAUGUCACGACGCUGGAUCCGGCCGCGUAUCGCCAGAAUAUCAGUCUCGUGAGCCAAGAGCCGACCUUGUAUGAGGGCACCAUCCGAGAAAACAUUGCGCUCAGCGUCGAUGAAGCUACCGAUGAAGAAAUCCAUGCUGCCUGUGUGGAUGCUCAAAUCCAUGAGUUUAUCACAUCGCUGCCAGAUGGGUAUGCCACGCGGCUCGGGCCGAAGGGCAUGUCGCUCUCCGGUGGUCAAAAACAACGCCUCUCGCUUGCACGUGCCCUGUUACGCCGUCCGAAACUGCUGUUGCUCGACGAGGCAACGAGUUCGUUGGACAGCGAGAGCGAAAAGCUAGUGCAGGAGGCGAUUGAGCGGGCUGCGGGUGAGGGCGGGCGCACUGUCAUUGCAGUGGCGCAUCGCUUGGCGACAAUACAGAAAGCGGAUAUCAUUUUUGUGCUUGGCAGCGGAAAGGUGUUGGAGAAGGGAGAUCACCAGACCUUGUUGAGGAAGAGGGGCGUUUAUUACCAAAUGUGUCAAGCCCAAGCGCUCGAUCGAUAG